AUGUUGAAGUUGUUAGUUGUACUGUUAAGUGCGCUCCUCUUGGCGGAGGCUACUCUCAUUCAAGUUCCAUUGACAAAAGUUAAGGAACAAAAAAGUAAGGCCAAUGAAAUUCGUAAAUUAAAGGCCAAAUACGGUGGCACUCCUAAGGCCCAGGCCAGAGAUUUGGUAAAGGAGAAACUCUUCAACUAUGUCGAUGACUCGUACUAUGGAAAAAUCACCAUUGGCACACCUGCCCAAGAGUUCUUGGUUCUGUUCGAUACCGGUUCUUCCAAUUUGUGGGUCCCCGUAGCCCCUUGCUCCUCCGACAAUGCCGCCUGUGAAAAUCACAAUACCUACGAUCCCAGUGCCUCCUCCACAUAUAUUGAAAACGGUGAAUCCUUUGCCAUUCAAUACGGAUCUGGCAGUUUGAGUGGUUAUUUAGUCCAAGAUACCGUCAACGUUGAUGGUUUGCAAAUCGAAAAUCAAGUUUUUGCUGCUGCCACCAGUGAACCUGGAGACACUUUCGUCUAUGCUCCCUUCGAUGGUAUUAUGGGUAUGGGCUUCAAGGCAAUUGCAGUUGAUGAUGUCACUCCACCAUGGUACAACAUGAUCCAUCAAGGUUUGGUUACCAAUAAGGUGUUUUCCUUCCAUUUGACCCGUGAUGGUACCUCUGAUGAUGGUGGUCUCAUGGUUUUGGGUGGCAAUGAUGCCAAUCAUUAUACUGGUGACUUCACUUAUGUUCCUGUCUCCGAAAAGGGCUACUGGCAAUUCGAAAUGACCAGUGCCUAUGCCAAUGGCGUUCAAUUGUGUGACCAAUGCCAAGCUAUUGCCGACACUGGUACCUCUCUCAUUGGUGUUCCCUCAGAUCAGUAUGAAGCCAUUCAAGAAGCUAUUGGUGCCACCUAUAGCGAAGAUACCUAUGAAUAUAUGUUGGACUGUUCGAACAUUGAUAACCUGCCUGUUGUUACUUUCCAAUUGGGUGAUGGCACCUUCACAUUGGAAGGUUCCGAUUAUGUUAUCCAAUCGGAUGAUCAGUGUGCCUCAGCUUUCGAAGAUGCCGGUACUGAUUUCUGGAUUUUGGGUGAUGUCUUCAUUGGCAAAUACUAUACCUCAUUCGAUUUUGAGAAUGAUCGUGUAGGUUUCGCUUUAGCUGUAUAAACUCAAUAUUAAUAAAUAUUCUA